AUGUCUAAAAAAAGAAUUAGUGAAGAUGCAAACGAAAAAAUUGAUAGAAUCGUUGCAAGCAAGAUUGAUUCUGGAAGUUUACCAUCAAAACAUCAAGAGCCUGUGGUUGAUGAAAAUAUAAAUAGUGAAAUGGGUGAGUUUGAGGACCCAUAUGGUGAUGAUUUUGAAAGUGAUGGAGAAAUUAUCGAAGUAGAUGACGAAGAAGAUGAAGAUGAAGAAACCGGUGAGGAAGCUACUGAAUUGUUUUUAGAAAAACAGCAAGAAAAAGCUCAAAAAAUUAUUGAACAGGAUGAAUCCAGCAAUGUUAAUAGUAAUGAACAACAAUUAUAUUUACCACAUUUAUCACGACCAUUAGGUCCCGAUGAGGUUUUAGAAGCAGAUCCAACGGUUUACGAGAUGUUGCACAAUGUAAAUUUACCUUGGCCAUGUAUGACUUUAGAUAUUAUCCCAGAUAAUUUGGGUAUGGAACGUAGAAAUUAUCCGCAAUCUAUUUUGAUGACUACCGCUACACAAGCAUCCAGAAAGAAAGAUAAUGAGUUGCUCGUAUUAAAAUUAAGUCAAUUAACGAAAACGUUGGUGAAAAAAGAUGAUGAAGAAGAUGACGAUGAUGAAGAUGAAGACAACAAUGAAGAUCUGGACCCGAUCAUUGAAAAUGAAAGCAUUUCGUUAAGAGAUACUACAAAUAGAUUAAAAGUCUCUUCAUUUUCUGGCGUGCAAGGCCAAGAGAUUUUAACAGCUUCAAUGUCUGAAAAUGGAGAAGUUUACAUUCACAAUCUAGCAUCCCAAGUUAAAGCAUUUGAUACACCCGGUUAUCAGAUUCCGAAGCAAGCUAAACAUCCUAUUCACACAAUUAGAAACCAUGGUAACGUUGAGGGCUAUGGUUUAGAUUGGUCUCCAUUAAUUAAAAAUGGUGCUUUAUUAAGUGGUGAUUGUUCUGGUCGUAUCUUCUUUACGCAAAGGACUACUUCUAAAUGGGUUACUGAUAAACAACCAUUUACUGUGGACAACAAUAAAUCCAUUGAGGAUAUCCAGUGGUCGCGUGCUGAGCCUACUGUUUUUGCUACUUGUGGUUGUGACGGGUUUAUAAGGAUUUGGGAUACCAGAUCUAAAAAACACAAGCCAGCCAUCUCCGUGAAAGCAUCCAACACUGAUGUUAACGUCAUUAGUUGGAAUGAAAAGAUCGGUUAUUUGUUAGCAAGUGGUGAUGAUAAUGGUACUUGGGGUGUUUGGGAUCUAAGACAAUUUUCACCAAACAAUGCAUCGCCGUCUCCAGUAGCACAAUAUGAGUUCCACAAGGGUCCUAUUACCUCUAUAAGCUUCAACCCAUUGGAUGAGUCCAUUAUUGCUGUUGCUUCUGAAGAUAAUACUGUUACUCUAUGGGAUUUAUCUGUGGAAGCGGACGAUGAGGAAAUUAAACAACAGGCUGCUGAGGCUAAAGAGUUACAACAAAUCCCUCCACAAUUGUUAUUUGUUCAUUGGCAAAAAGAUGUUAAAGACGUUAAAUGGCACAAACAGAUUCCUGGUUGCUUGGUUAGUACCGGUACAGAUGGUUUAAAUAUUUGGAAAACAAUUAGUGUAUAG